AUGGGAAGAUUUGCUCACUCUCUGCUCCUGUUGCUCGUCAGCUUCCUCAUCUUCAGCAACCUGGGCUAUGCUCAAGGCAGCGACAACGAACCCGCAGAAUCGGUAUGUCAAGGCGUCGGUCCCGCGGAGGAAGGAUGUCCGCUGCAUGGCAAUGGUGAUUUCUACGGGAUGGGAGUCCGAGUCGGUAUCUAUUUUCAAUGGAUCACCUCUUGGCUGGCAAACAACUUCCUCCCAGAGGAAAUCAUCGGCAGCUUGGACACAAACUCGAUCUUCCUCCUCGCACUCUUCUCGACCGUCUUCACCUACUCCCUGCAGGGGACUUCGAUUCGCGUGGUGGACGUCUUGCUCAUUCACCAGCUAUGCACAGGCUUCUUGUUUAGCGUCAUGAGCUUAUGGGGUUACAGAACGAUGUACUACAAGACCGAAGGCCCCGGUGGCCGUCGCCACUUUGGUGGCUUUGGCACGCACUUCCGGCUCGUCUUGAUGUCCGCGAUCACGGCAUACGGUGUUUGGUUCUGGAUACGGGGAGUCGACACCCUGGCUACGUGUGACAGUCGAAAAGAUUGCGGCGGGCUUGAGACGUUCUUCUUCGUCCCUCUGAAGGUCAACUUCAAGGUGACGAGAAGCAUCAACCUCGUCACGGCGGUCGGCGCGGCAGUCUACUAUGGUGCCAUGGCGAUCACGGCUAUCGUCGCGGGAAUGGUUGCCACUGUCAGGAAGUUGAGAGGGAAAGAGAUCUAUUGGGAAUUGGUUGUGCGUCCGGACAGAGACGUCGCAUUGAACAGGAGAGAACUGACCGUAUGGUACAUUUUCCUCUCCUGCUUCAAUCUCUUCUGGCUCGUCUUUGCCAUUGCCAGCAUCGAAGUCACGCUCAACCUGAACCACAUUCAGAACGUCCUCGGCGCUGGAGGAACGCGUGGAGCUGGACAGGUCAUCCCCGCUCUGAUCGGGUUGAUCAGUUUCUUCAGAGUCCUCUACGAGCUAGCCUGUCAACACGUCCCGUGGUUGAAGAAGAAGCAGGAGGAAGAUGCACCUGACGUGUACGACCUAGCUUCCCCCACGGAGCAUAAGGACACGAAUGGUCUGGGUCUUACACACGGGGCAUAUUCUUCAGCUUUGCAGAACGACGAUCCCGCGCAGACGGCAGGCGUGUCAGCAACGUUAAACCGCCCGCCGACGAUACUAUAUCCACUGCAUCGCACGACAGACACGCACGGACGGCCGAGACAGAAUCGUCGUUCCCUCUCGCACCGCAUCCUCCUCGCCUGGCUGCCCUGGUUGAACAUGUUCCAAUGGGCCCGACAGUCGCUGACCCCGGACCUCAUCCGCAACUCGGCCCUCUUCUCAUCGUCCACCACCGCGGGCCACGGAAGGGAAAGGGAGAAGAAUAAUAAUGCCGGGUUUGAAGUCCUCGGAGUCAAGAGGAUGUCUUUCUCAACCCGCGAUCGAGAUCGAGAUCGAGAUCGAGAUGCAGAUGCCAGGCAGUACCGCCUAGGCCAUGUCCGAGCACAGAGCUCUACAACGACAACCACCAUGGACGAGGGUCCCACAACAGCUCUUCUAGCACCCUCGCCGUCUCAGCGAUCACACUCGGCUGGUGCAAGUCAGAGUCAGGGUCAGGGCCAGGGUCAGACUCAGACUCAGAGCCAGAGUCUAGGAUUAACGACCGAAAUGACAGACCAGCUCGACAUCGAGCUGUCAACCCGGCAACGGCAGUGGCAGUGGCAGCAACAGUGGCAGUCCCGAGGCCAUCGCAGGAUGUCGAGUGAGAGUACCGCCGACGUGGGCAUGGGCAUCGGCACGAGCAUAGGCACGAGCAUAGGAGACUACGAGGGUAGCGGCUACGGCGACGACUACGCAGCGUGA